AAAAUGUAAACAAAAGUUUUGCCGUGAAAGUUUAAAAGUUUUUUAAAUUGUGAAUUACCAUGGAAAGUCAACCGGUUUCGGCCAGUUUGUGUUAGUUUUUAAUGCUGGUUCAUGUUGCCCAGUAGCGCAAUAUAUUACAAUUGGCAAGCGUCAUCAUUUACAUGAAAUAAUACUCGAAAAACAUGAGUCGCAUACAAUGGCGCCUGAAGGAGUUCCCGAAAAAGUUACUCAAUUGUCUCCGCUUCCGCUAUCAGUAUGCCGCACAAUGUUUACGUUCGUUGACCUAUAACCACCACAUGAAUCAAUCCUAUGCGUCCGAUGUUUGCCUCGAGCCAAUUUUCUGGUUCGUGGAUAAUUUCACUCAUCUCCUGGGACCGUUUUUUGUGGUGGCAGUCGUGUGUCUAACGGCGGCCGUCGUCAUAAUCUGCUACUGGAUCGGGUUGCCAUACUGGUGGAACAAGAGUCAGAACAUGACCUACUUCCUGCUGGUGAUCGGAAACUGGCUGCUGAUGAAUGUGUCCUACAACUUCUAUAAGGCGGCAGCGACCUCUCCCGGCUAUCCUCCGGAGAAAGAGCUCAUCGUCGAAGCCGUCAGUAUUUGCAAGAAAUGCAUUGCCCCGAAACCUCCUCGCACUCACCACUGCUCGGUGUGCAACCGAUGUGUGCUGAAAAUGGACCAUCACUGUCCGUGGUUGAACAAUUGCGUCGGCUACGGCAAUCAUCGGUACUUUUUCCUGUACAUGUUGUACACAACUCUUGGAGUGUUAUUCAUCAUUGGUUUCGGUUUUGAGCUGGGUUACAACGUGCUCAUAGUGGGUGAUGGGGAAGGUUGGGACGAAGUGGAACCUCUGCACGGCCAUCCGGUUCGCUUCAAUCUGUCCGGCCAUAUCAUUCCAGUGACCGAAAUGAACGACUAUGAAGAUGACGGCCUAGCUCCGGCCAAACACGAUCUUCCGAUUCCUCAGGAUUACAGCAACAAUCCGGGCAAACAUCGGGCAAUCAUCUUCAUGGCGCUGAUUAAUGUGGCCACACUUUUCGCGCUAGGUGCUCUGACUUCGUGGCACAGUUCGCUCAUAACUCGUGGCCAAACUAGCAUAGAAGCACACAUCAAUAAGUCCGAAACCAAACGAUUGGCCGCUCUAGGGAAGACCUACCAGAAUCCGUACGACUUCGGAUCCCGACGCAACUGGCGGUUGUUUCUCGGUUUGGUGCGCAAACGAACUUGGGGGAGACAUGUGUUGUUCCCAUCGGGACACAAGCCGGAAGGUAACGGGUUAACCUGGCUGACGGUGCGCGAUUUCUCAGCCAUCGAUGACGGUGAAGACGAGUGGCCGUGAACGGCGAGACCGACUCAAUCGAACCAUUCCAAUCCAACGCAACUAGUCUCAGCUCAGCUCUCGGUGUAUAGAAAGCAUUUCUACUCUAUAGAUAUUCUAGGAUAACGAUAUUAUGGUAAGACUACAUCUAAAAAAAUAACGUAAAUUGAAAAAGA